GUGGGCAUCAAGCCAGCCAGCCUCACAUGCGCCAUCCCGUCCGUGCGCUGCAGAGCAGAGCAGCUUCCUUGUUCCUGCGCUCGCUCACUCCACCGACGAUUCGAGCCAACCACAGCAAGGCGCAGCUGUCUGUCUUCUUCCUCUUAUUGCUAGCUACUCCAGUUAGUUGACGCUGCUACCCACCCCACCCAUUGCUCCAGGACAAGGAGCUUCCUUCUCUUGUUGCUCUGCUUGCUUGUUUCUCUCUUUCGCCACUCAAAGCGACCCAAUCAGCAAGCAGCAGAGCCAAGAUGCCGCACGCCAAGACGGACUCGGAGGUCACCAGCCUGGCGCCCUCCUCGCCGCCGCGCUCCCCGCCGCGUGGCCGCCCCGUCUACUACGUCCAGAGUCCCUCCCGGGACUCCCACGAUGGCGAGAAGACGGCCACCUCCGUACACUCCACGCCCGCGCUCAGCCCCAUGGCGUCCCCGCGCCACUCCCACUCCUCCGUCGGCAGGGACUCCUCCUCCAGCCGCUUCUCGGGACACCCCAAGCGCAAGGCCGACAAGGGCUCCGCUGGACGCAAGGGCGCGCCGCCGGGCAAAGGCUGGCAGGAGAUCGGGGCCAUCCAGGAGGAGGGGCUCCUUGACGACGAGGAGCACACCAGGAUACUGCCCAAGCGAUGCUACUACUUCCUCGUCUUCGUCCUCGGAUUCGCCGCGCUCUUCUCCUUCUUCGCGCUCGUGCUCUGGGGGGCAAGCAGAUCCCAGAAGCCGCAGAUCGUCAUCAAGAGCAUCACGUUCCAGAGCUUCAUCAUCCAGGCGGGCACGGACGCGUCGCUGGUGCCCACGGACAUGGCCACCACCAACUCCACCGUCAAGUUCACCUACAAAAACAAGGGCACCUUCUUCGGCAUCCACGUCACCGCAGACCCCUUCGAGCUCUCCUACAGCCAGCUCACGCUCGCCACCGGAGACCUGAAGAAGUUCUACCAGGCGCGGAGCAGCAGUCGGACGGUGAGCGUGGGCGUGACCGGGAACAAGGUGCCGCUGUACGGCGGGGGGCCCACGCUGACGGCAGCUCCGGGGGGCGGCGGGAAGCAGGCGAGCGGCAGCGUGGCGCCGGUGCCGAUGGUGCUGAGGACGACGCUGCACUCGCGGGCCUACGUGCUGGGCGCGCUGGUGAAGCCACAAUUCACGCGCGGCAUCGAGUGUAAGGUGCUCAUGAACCCGGCCAAGCUCAACAAGCCCAUCUCCCUCGAGAAGGCCUGCCACUACUCCUAAAUUAUUCGUCAGCUGAAUUGAUCGAGAAACUCAGAUCAUCCCCUCGAAAUGUAUUUUUUUUUGUCAAUUCUUUUGUCUUCUCUUCUUUCUCUGUGUAGUCUCUCUCUCUUUUUUGUGUGUCGAUCAUACUCAUAUAUGCAUGGCUGAUGGCUCGGCUGUGAGUAUCCCAUCCAUUACCAAGACAGACAGAUUGGUUCUAGUAUACCGUCAAUCCAA